UCUGUGACCUUUUCAACACCAGCUGCAGGCGUUUUAUCCAAUAUGGGGUAUAAUUUGCCUGUCGAGCUGUUCACAGAGCUAGGCAUCGGAAUCGUCAUAUUCGCCCUUCGAUUCUAUGCCCGCUGGAGGACGGUUGGUCCUCAAAACUUUGGAUAUGACGACAUAUUUGCUGGAAUUGCUGUUGUGUUCUGGAUCCUCGAAGCAACGUUUCUUUACACAUGCGGUGCCAAAGGAAAUAAUAUCGGUCUCAAUGAAACAUCCGCGAUGCAAGUACCUGACAGCCAGGUAGCAGCCCUUGUUCUGGGCUCUAAGCUUGCGUAUGCUGCUUGGGUGUUUUACAUUCUCUUGAUUUGGUCCCUUAAAUCAGUUCUCUUGUGUCUAUACAUAAGGCUUACGUACAAUGGGAAUAUGGCAACAAAAGCUUGCCAGGGUUAUGAUAGGGCUAAGUAUGGCUACCUUUUUGACGAGUCUGCUGUGGCAUAUUUGUUCCUGCUUGCCGCCGUCAAAGUCAUGGCAAAUCAAGCCCUAUCCGGGAAGUACGUAUCAGCUGCACUCCAUGUCUCGAACCACGGUUUGCCUGAACCCAUAACUCACAAUUCGAAACAGACAACUGCACCUCUCGACCGGGAAACUAUAUACUUAUCACUGUUAUGGAUGUCGUGUGAGUUAACCGACUUGGGUAUUUUAAUCAUCCCGUUUCCUAUGCUUCUCGAGGCACAACUCAGUCGCCGCCAAAAGAUUUCUCUUGGAAUCCUCUUCUCUUCUGGGAUUUUUGUCAUGGUUUGCGCCAUCGUGCGUGCAUACUACUCUUUAUCCAACAUCAACGACCUCUCUAUUGCGCUUGGCUGGGCUUCGCGUGAGAUUCUCGUGGCAUCCAUCGUUGUUUGUGCGCCCAGCUUUAAGCCUCUACUCAGUCGCUUCAAGGCUGUCAUCAGUGGAAAUAGCGGCAGUGGAAGUAGGAGCUGGAAACGAUAUGGAAACGUGACUAGCGGACGGAGUCGACAGAACAACACCGGCCACCAAACCGAAGGAGGUUAUCUCACAUCAGUGACUGCCAGCGGGCAUCGUUUCAGUAGUGAUAAUGGACGUGGAGGUCGCUUCAAAAUGGCAUCGCUCUCACGGCCUAAGAACGGCAUAGACACUCUCACCUCGUUCAAAGGCGAGAGUCAAGAGCGAAUCAACGAAACUACGAAAGGCUCGGAAAGUCCUCACAGCAGCUCUGAAGACAUGAGGAAUGGAAUUCAUGUUACGACUCACGGACUAGGACUAGUACUGGUUUUCCAAGGCAACAUGCCUUCCACGCGCAAUCCUGCCUAUCGCACUAUUAUCACAGAAGUGGGUUUAAAUAAGCAAAGUUUGAGUGAGCCAAGCAUACAGGACGCCCGAAUUCAACAUUUUAUCGACGAGAUACAUACGAACGGCUAUGCCAUAAUUAGAGAUGCUUUUGACAAAGCCGACAUUGACCAAGCGAAAGCUGAGUUGGAACUGUUGGUGAAGAGCGGACAGGGUGGUCCUGCUGGUACAAAAGGGCGCAACUCUUUUGAGGGGUAUCGAACUGGACGAAUAUAUGCACUCUUGGACAAGUCGAGAAUUUUCGAUAAAUUCAUAGCGCAUCCAGAUGUCCUAGCUUUAAAUGAUCAUUUUUUGAAGCCGGGAUAUCUGAUAAAUGCAUUUCAUAGUGUCAAUAUUCAGCCAGGAGAGAAGCCACAGACCAUGCAUCACGAUGAUGGACAUAUCACGAUCCCUCGACCGCAUGAGCCAUUUGGAACGGCAAGGAGUUAUAGUCGCUCUAGACACCUUCACCGAAUUGAACGGCGCUACCGUCGUGGUACCAAAAUCACACCUUUGGGAUGA